AACCCAGCUCCCUCUCCACAAGACCCUCCAAGAGACACAGACCUGACAUGUUGCAGUGAUCGCAGAGGCCAUAAAAAUGCAGUAAGAUACAAGAAGAGACGGAGGUGACACGCUGAGAGGACACAGGGAGACGCUUGGAAGACGCUUGGAAACAACUUGUGAAGGGCAAAAGACUUUUAAUGAAGGUCUCUGGACUGGCAGAGGAAGGAAAGAUACAACCCAUGAGAAAGAAGCAGCCACAAGCUUGUGGUGAGCCAACAGGACUCGUUGUAAGAUAGCCUGGUGGGUCAACUGUUGGCAUGGUGGAUAGACAAAUGCGGGCAAGAGACAGUCAAUGAGAGACAGACGGUGGGAGACAGGUGAACUUGCUCUGAGUGAACGUCCAGGGCCUGAGGGAAGAUGCAGGCCAUGGAGGCACCUACGGAGUCCCAGAACAAUGGCGCCAAGUCAGGCUGGUGGGGAAAUGAACUUCAGUACCAAUAUAUAAAAAUCCGGGACUCUUCUACCUACGGGAUACCAAGCCAGAGUUCUCCUCCGAUACAGGAGGCGGCUGGGGAACAGACGUCAGCUCAAGCCAAGACCUAUGGCCAUUAUACAGAGGAGCUCUCACAAUUUGCCAGGAAAGAAGCUGUCAAAUUACGGCAAGAGAGGCAAAGUAUCAGCACGACCAAACCACCUGAUGUACAGAGGGAGUGCUACUCCAAGUGUCACACCUGUUUGCAGAGGGUAAAAAAAUAUCUCAUCAAAAAAUUGUGUGAAGACUGGAUCUUCCUGGUUCUGCUGGGUCUUGUGAUGGCGCUGGUCAGCUGGAGCAUGGACUACGCCAGUGCAAAGAGUUUACAAGCCUACAGAUGGAUGUAUCAAGGAGCCGCACAUAACGUCUGGUACCAGUAUAUGGCGUGGGUGUCAUUUCCACUGACCCUUAUAUUGUUUGCUGCCGUUUUCUGUCACAUAGUAUCUCCGCAGGCCAUAGGUUCUGGCAUUCCGGAGCUGAAAGUCAUUCUCAGAGGAGUCGUCCUGAAGGAGUAUUUGACGCUCAAGGCGUUUGUAGCCAAAGUGAUCGGACUGACGGCGUCUUUAGGGAGUGGGAUGCCUCUGGGCAAAGAGGGACCGUUCGUGCACAUCGCCAGUAUCUGUGCCGUUGUACUUAGCAAGUUCAUGUCCGUCUUCUGUGGCGUGUAUGAGCAGGCGUACUAUUACACUGACGUUCUUACGGUGGGAUGUGCAGUUGGUGUUGGCUGUUGCUUUGGGACCCCCUUAGGAGGUGUCUUGUUCAGCAUUGAGGUCACCUCCUCCUACUUUGCGAUAAGGAACUACUGGCGUGGAUUCUUCGCGGCGACCUUCAGUGCCUUUAUUUUUCGCGUUCUGGCUGUAUGGAACAAAGAUGCGGUUACCAUCACUGCGUUAUUCCGCACCAACUUUCGUAUGGAGUUCCCAUUUGACUUGCAAGAGUUACCGGCUUUUGCAGUUAUUGGGAUCUGCUGUGGAUUCCUUGGCGCUUUCUUUGUCUACCUAAAUCGGCAGGUGGUGCUUGGGAUCAGAAGGAACCAGAUCUUAAGUACCUUCCUGAGUCGCUAUCGAUUCAUCUAUCCGGCAGUGGUUACGUUCUGCAUAGCGACCCUCACCUUCCCUCCGGGAUUUGGGCAGUUCAUGGCGGGUGAGCUCAUGCCCCGGGAAAGUAUCACCGUUCUUUUUGAUAAUCACACGUGGACAAAGCAUGUGGGGAACACCUCGGUCUUAGGACGCUCUGCUGCCUUCAUCCACCCAACUGUCAGUGUCUUUGUCACCCUACCCCUCUUCUUCAUCAUGAAGUUUCUGAUGUCCGUCGUUGCGACUACGAUGCCCAUACCCUGCGGGGCCUUUAUGCCAGUGUUUGUCCUGGGUGCCGCUUUUGGAAGAAUUGUCGGGGAGUUGAUGGCUUUCCUCUUUCCCAAUGGAAUCUUGUUUGAUGGAAUUGUGUAUAAGAUUUUACCUGGGGGAUACGCUGUGAUUGGAGCGGCAGCACUCACGGGAGCCGUCACCCACACUGUCUCCACCGCCGUUAUCUGCUUCGAGCUGACCGGUCAGAUAUCGCACAUCCUUCCCAUGCUGUUCUCCGUCAUCAUGGCCAAUGUGGUGGCGCAGAACCUCCAGCCCAGCCUGUACGAUUCCAUCAUCCAGACAAAGCGAUUGCCAUACCUGCCGGAUCUGUCUGGCUGCUCCGUCAGUAAAUACAACAUUUUUGUAGAAGACAUCAUGGUGAGUGAUGUGCGCUAUAUAUCUUCCCAUUGCACCUACAGAGACCUGCUGAAUGUACUGAAGAGAUGCACACACAAAACACUCCCUCUAGUGAAGUCACCAGAAUGCAUGGUGCUCCUUGGGUCAAUCGAGAGGACGGAGAUCACAGCGCUGCUGGAAAGAGUCCUGAGCAAGGAGAGGAGGCUGAAGAUGGCGUCCCCUCCGUAUAAAGGUCAAAUGUCAGCGCGGCCAGGGGGGAAACGGGAAUCCUUCCGGUACGUGGAUGAGGAAGAGACGGGAGGCGAAGAAGAGGAGAAGAAGGAGCCAAUGGAAGAAUGCAAUGGCCCCAUUUCUCUGACUUAUUCUGGCGAACCCACCAGUGACCCUCCACAGCCAGCCACUUGCUGUCAGAGACUACGCUCUUCCCUGCGGAGAGUCUGCUGCCGUUCCAGUUCUGAGGAAAUCAAAGUAGAAGACCCACCUACGGAAUCUGAGCCUGAAGACCCCAUGACACCAGAGGAGACUGCAGUUUGGGAACAGCAGGAGCUCAGUAAGACCGUUUCGUUUGACAGCUGUUUAAUAGACCCGUCGCCGUUCCAGCUGGUGGAGAGGACUUCCCUUCAUAAGACGCAUACGCUAUUUUCACUACUCGGCCUUAGCCAGGCUUUUAUCACCAGCGGAGGGAAGCUCAGAGGAGUCAUCGCUCUAAAGGAGUUACAAAAAGCCAUAGAAGGUACUGCGCAGUCCGGAGUCCGACUACGACCCCCGUUCGCCAGCUUCAGGGAUGCCAGCCGCUCCAUGUCCCAGAGAAAAUCCCUCAGAGCUGUUCCAAAGUCACCACCUUCCCCUGACCCUUCCAUGGUCCCUGAUGAUGCACCAACCUCGGCAGUCCCUGAAGUGACCCCGGACUCUGAGUUGGACGAUCUGUCCGGUCAAGGAUCAGAAAACGUGUCUCAGAUCCUAAGGGACUUCCAGGUGUCUGCAGAACACAAUGAAGAUGAGGUGCCACUGUAGCUCAGACCCAUAAUUCCAUGGGGCAGGGUAUCCCAUCCAUGAUCUUCUUCAGGGGUAGCAUGGCUAUCAUGUGUUUUGGGAAGCAGAAGAUGUGACAAAGGUUUUGAACGCUAGAUGCUUUCUGUGACGAAUUUCAAAAAAAGGCCCUUUGGAGAGGCCUCAGAAACGCUUUACAUACUUACAUUAAGUACGUGCCAAUGUUUAUGGAAACUGCUUAGGAAGAGCUUUAUACAAAACUUUAGGCUUGAUACUGGUGGCCCUUUGGCACUAAUAUCCACAUCUGCUUUGAAAAUUUGUACCAAGCAACAACCUCAAAGGCUUCUAACUAGCCAAAGCUCUGCAUUCCCAGCCAAAAUAUCUGGUGCCAAAGCUACACACAUUGACCAGCAUCUACCGGAGUCCUGUGAUGUCGUAGAGAAGGAUGGCACCGGGGAAUGGUCCCCAGCUCUGGAUGGUCAAUUUGCAGUCAAUGCCACUGGAAUUUUUUUUCUCCCCUUGGACCUUUACCGAUGAAUGUUUAGGUGAUACAAGACCCGGUCUUAUUAAAUUUUCCUUGGAAAGCUCAGUUAAUUCGGAAGGAAAGGAAGUUGUUGACUUAUCCAAAGGAUUGGUCAGAGUGUGUUGGUUUGCUAGUUCUUAUUCAUUAAUCAUUGGGAUGCGAUAAAACAUUGUUUCUAAUAUAAAUACACAUAAGCUGUUCAAAACAAGUUAAUAGGAUGCUGGACCCAAAGAUAUGUAAAGUUCAGCUAUAAAUCCAACAUUUGAAGAUGGUUAGGAUUUUCCCAGGGAUGCCUUCAGCUCUCUGAAGAGCAAAUACAAAGAUGAAAGCCCCACAAGUCUAGAGAAGGUCCAGUAAAAGUUUAUUGCUCA